UGUUGUCUCGUGUUUUUGUUUCUAGUAAACAUUUGUUGACAUGUAUAAUUAUUUCAUUUUAAGAAGUUGAUAGUUAAAAUUAAUCAAAUUCUGUUUUUUUGGUGUUUUAUCAAUUUAACAAUAAAUUUAGUGAAUCUUUUAUUUGAUUUCUAUUGCGAUCUCUUCAAGUCAAUUGUUAUUUAAUACGUUCUGAAGGCAACGCAAAAGUGCUACUUUCACACCAUAUCCAUCUUAUCUUUUGUUUUGGUCAUCAAUAUUUAAUUUUGAUUUAGUUAAAAUGAGCUACGGUCCUCUUAAUAAAGCUUUGGUCCAUAUAACACCCUAUCAUAUAUGGUGGAAAAGGUACUUAAUUCAAUUGAAGCUAAUUCCUGAUGUGCCGGUAGAAGAAGACGAACCGCAACCUGAAGAAAUUUAUUUUGAAACGGACGAAGAAUAUUUAAAAAGCUUAGAUCCUAGAAGAUGGAAAGAGCAAGAUCACUAUAGAGUACUUGGUCUCGGAAAGAGGAGAUACGCAGCAUCUGACGAGGAAAUUAAACAAGCAUAUAAAAAGUUAAUAUUGACUCAUCAUCCCGAUAAGAGAGGUGUCCAAAACAAAGAUGAUGAAACUGACUAUUUUUCGUGUAUUACUAAAGCAUUUCAAAUUCUUGGUGAUCCAAUCAAGAGAAGAUCUUAUGACAGUGUAGAUGACAGUUUCGACGAUUCUGUUCCUCCAGUCAACUCAAAUUCAAAAGAGAAUUUCUAUGCGGUCUUUGGUCCAGUUUUUGCUCGAAAUUCCAGAUGGUCUGAUUCAAAAUAUGUACCUCAAUUAGGUAGUGACUUUUGUACUAAGGAAUACGUUGAAAAUUUUUACCACUUUUGGUAUAAUUUCGAGUCUUGGCGUGAAUAUUCGUACUUGGAUGAAGAAGAUAAAGAGCGGGGACAAGAUCGAAGUGAAAGAAAAUGGAUCGAACGUCAAAACAAAUUAGAACGUCAAAAAAAGAAGAAAGAAGAAUUAGCUCGAAUUAGGAAACUUGUUGAUAACGCUUAUGCCUGUGAUCCAAGAAUUAUUAGAUUCAAGGAAGAAGCGAAGAACAAAAAAUUAAUGGAGAAAAAGGCUAAAGAAGAGGCUCGAAAACUAAAGCAAGAGGAAGAAGAAAGACGUAAAAAAGAACAAGAAGAAGCUAUAUUGAAAAAGAAGCAGGAAGAAGAAGAAGCUCUCAAAGCAAAGAGAGACCAAGAAAAGAAAGAAAAAGAAGCAGCUAAGAAAAGGAGAAAAAAAGAUGUUAAACAAAUUGAAUCAAUUUUCGAGGAAUAUAAUUAUUUUGCUUCAAAUGACAAUCAAAAAAUUAACUACAUACAAGAACUAAACAAAAUUUGUUUUACAUUUAGCAACAUUGAAUUGAGUGAAUUCAAAGAAAAUUUGUUAAAAGGGUCAUCUCAAGAAGAUAAGAAGACCGUUUUUUUAUCAAAAAUCAACAAGAUUAAGGAGACGGAAAAAGGGUCUUUAUUUGUUGGACAAAAAUCUAGUGAAACUAGUGAUAGUAAAGAAACCACAUCGACUAAAGUUUGGUCUGCUGAGGAUGUACAACUUUUAGUUAAAGCAGUCAAUUUAUUCCCUGCUGGUACUUUGAAUAGAUGGGAAGUUGUUGCUGCCUUUGUUAAUCAACAUUCAAUUCACAACAAGAAUCGCAAAGCUCGUGAAGUACUCACACAAGCUAAAGAUAUUGGUAAAAUAGAUACUAAUCACAAACAAGAGUUAAAUAGGAUAUCUGUAACCAAAUUGUUGGAGAAUAAUAAACCCACAGCCAAAGUAGAAGAGACAUCACAACGCUAUGAAACGCCUCCUGAAGAGCCUACGAAUCCAGAGCCCUGGACUAAUGUAGAACAACAAUUGUUAGAACAGGCAUUAAAGUCCUAUCCAGCUUCAACAACGGAACGCUGGGAAAAGAUAGCCGAAUGCAUUCCAGGAAGAAGCAAAAAAGAAUGUAUAAAACGCUAUAAAGAACUAGUUGAACUUGUCAAAGCUAAAAAAGCAGCUAAAGAAGCAGUUCACACAAGUGUUAAAAAAUAAUUUGUUCUUGAUAUAUUUUCCCCUGCUUUGAAAAAUCUAUGGUCAAUUCAAUCAUGAUCUAUUGCCAAAAUAAAUUUUUCAGUUUGACCAAACUCA